AUGCCUUCCAUUCAAGGCUCCACGGUUCUCAUCUUCGGGGGCUCUUCUGGUAUUGGAUAUGGCGUUGCUGCCAAAUGUCUCACCGAGGGAGCCAAAGUCCACAUUGUAUCUUCCAACGCAGAACGUAUUGCCAAGAGUGUCGCGGGGUUGAAAGGGGAAAGCCCUGGCUUUGAAGUUCAAGGACACGUCUUGGAUCUUUCUACAAAAGAUGUUGAGAGAGGCUUAGAGCAGGUCCUUUCCGCAGUUGGCCAAAUUGAUCAUAUCGUCUACACCGCCGGCGAUAGUCUAGCGCUUCAACCUUUGGACACCAUUGAUCUCGAAGCAAUCCAGCGGGCAGGCCAUAUUCGAUUUGCAGUCCCGCUCUUGCUUGCUAAGCUCGCUCCUCGAUUCUUGACCCCCGGCUACAAGUCGUCCAUCACCUUGACUACCGGGAGUGGUUCUCAAAAGGCAUUCCCCGGGUGGUCAUUGAUGGCUGGCUACCUCACCGGUCUCCAUGGGCUGACCCGAAACCUCGCCCUAGACCUGAAGCCGCUUCGGGUCAAUCUUGUCAGCCCCGGCGUUGUUGAAACCCCGCUCUGGGGUGCAGAGGGAGUACCUGAGGACUUUAAGAAUGGUACGACUUUGGGCAAGGUCGGUGUGUCCGAAGAAGUUGCCGAGGCUUACGUCUACUUGAUGAAGGACACGAAUGCCACAGGCAGUUGUGUUAGCACCAAUUCUGGAUCACUUUUGAUGUAA